UUUUACCCACAAUACACCGCGGUCACUCACUCUUACUGGUAAACAUGGCGUCCAGGGCACCAGUGGCGACGGGCAGGCUCAUGCUUGGCGUCCGCAAGUGGUAUUACAAUAUGUGUGGCUUCAACAAGCUUGGUUUAAUGCGUGAUGACACAAUAUAUGAGGACUCAGAUGUGAAGGAGGCCCUGCGGAGGCUCCCAGAGAACGUUGGUAACGACAGGGUGUUCAGGAUCAAGAGAGCCCUAGAUCUCUCCAUGAAGCAGCAGAUUCUCCCAAAAGACCAGUGGACAAAAUACGAGGAGGAUGUCAACUAUCUGACACCAUACCUGGAGGAGGUGAUCCGUGAGAGGAAAGAAAGGGAGGAAUGGAUGAAGAAAUAACACUUUCAGGGUUGUUAAAUCUUAUAUGGUUGGUGUAUAAUUGUUCCCUGGUGUACUAUGUAAAGUUUUAAAAUGAAAUGUAACAUGUAUGGAGAAAAAAAACAGUAAAAAAAAUGCACAUUUUAAGGGA